GUUCGACGAAGUUUUCUAAAAUUUUUAAAUCGUUGUCCGCGUCUUGAAAUUUUGUGAAAAUCAAGCCAAAUUUUGCACGAAAUGGCUUCGUCCUGUGACAGUGGACCCCCCGCCGGCGGAUCAUGCCCCAGAAAACGAAAACAUUCUUACUGCAGCGAACUCGCAGCGUCAAAACCUGAUUCAACCGGUUUCGAUGAUAACAACAACGUCGAGCAAAAUGUUGCCGACACCGAGCCGAUCAUUUACUCCCGGAAGGGCAUCAUCCCGGUUGAGCUUGGGAGUCGCUUUGAAUCGAUGAGGGCGGGGGAAAAUUUUGGACUGCGGCACGCUCAGCUGGAUCCCAAGUUGCAGAUCAUAUUUCAGGGUCAGCGCUUUCAGUUUUAUUCGUUCUGGCCGAACGAAACCUCCUGGUGGAGGUGCGUCCACCACCGGCUGCAAGGCUGUCGGGCCAUGGUUGAAAUCGACGCGGAGAUGGCGCGGGUUACGAUGCAGAAGGAGCAGCACAGGCAUCAUCCGGUCGCGGAAAAGUUGCUCGAGUGUCCCCAGGGAAAGGGGGUGACGGUGUUUGAUGGAGAUGUGAAGACUUUUUGGUUGACCCACGGCGCGGGAAACGGUGUAUCCACUCAAUUUUCACGUAAUUUGAUUAUUGAAGGUCAGAAGUUUUAUCUCUUUAGGAUACAUCAAUCAUAUAUCAGCACGUGGCAUUGUAAUAAGACGGGCAGUUGCAGGGCACAUCUCAGCGUUCAAGGAGUUUUCCGAAAAAUCAAACAAUUUGACGAGCACAAUCAUGGACCGCUUUCUGAAGGUAAAAUGGAAGCACUUCUUGCCAAUUGCAACGUUGAGCUCGAUUUGGUGAGCAUCAGAGACAAGAAAGACCAGCCUCCGGAGGUAAAACCUGUGAUAGCACGAAUCACCUACGACGGACAGGAAUUCCGACUUCAAUCGAACGAGCCUGACGGAACCCGGAUGUGGCGCUGCAUGUGGCACGACCUCCGCCAGUGUCCGGUGACUGUUCGUAUGAGCAACAGCGGAACGAAAGUUGUGCCGGUGUCCCCAAAAGCUCGGCACAACCACCCGGACGACAUCAUCGGCGUCUAUCUGCAAGAGGAUGGCCGGCAUCCUGUUUUCGACAAGCAGGAAAAGACGAAACUACCCUUCUGGCUAUUUACCGUCGAAUCCGUCGAGCAUGAAAUGAAGCGUCGAGGAAUGAUCUACCAAGGGUACAAGUACCUUCUGGCCACGAUCGGUGACCGCGGGGACAGCGAGUGGAAGUGUGUAAAGUGCGAGACAACCCUGCAAAUCACGGGACUCUUCUGGAUAGCUUCCCAACAGGGCAACCACUCUCACGGUCCGCUCACAACCGAAGAGAUCUACGCCAUUACAAGAAAAGGCGACAACAUCAACGAUCUCCUGCCGUCCAGCGGCGUCCCACUGCCCAAACAAGCUCUUCUCGCCACUCUCUCCUCCCCCAACCCAAACCGAACCUUCCAGCUGCACCACCAAGGCGACGCCAUGAAGAUCCUCCAGGACGGCUUCGAGUACUACUACGUCUGCUCCAAACCAAGCUACUCGCUGUGGCGUUGCAUCUACUCGUCGAUCCGCUGCUGCAACGCAACCCUGCGCCUCUUCAACAUCACCCAGCAAACCUCGCACACUCCCCACAACCACUCCGACGAGCUGUGGCAUCUGUACUUCACCGCGCUCGGUCAACACACCAUCCAAGGGCUUCCCUUCCACUUUCUGAUCCAACCAACGUUCCUACGACCCCUGCCGCACCUGAUCUACGCAGGGCACCUGUUCAAUCUGGACUUUAUAACGGAGCAGGGAAGCGCGAGUCUUUGGUUUUGCGCGGACCCGGGCUGCCGCGUGGCGUUGACCGUGACGGGGCAGUUUGAAACGGUGAGCGUAGAAGGGCUGCCGCACGGGGAGCCUCCGAUGGCCAGGAAUGUGCAAGCGGAUUGGAUCAGACGGUUCGGAUCGUCGCGUAGCUUUUAAGCGUGUUUGAACUUGUUAGAGAUUAAGUUGGUUGCAAUCGUUGUUUGAACUAGUUUUAAGAUAAGUGAAGCGGAAUUUCGAUGUCGAAAUGAUGAGUCGUUUUUUUAGUAUCAGUAUCGUAGU